CGGUCUGUUUAUACAUGCGCACGAAUGCACGGCUGGUCGCCUCUCUGAAAAACCAAAAAGGCUUCAGAUUAGCAGCAAUGGUGUCUUCCCAUGCCGCCGUCGUCUUCCUCGUCGCCGCGUCGUCGCUCGCCGCCGUCGCCCUCUCACAGGGCGAGGCGAACAAGAAGACGGCGGCGGAGUACAGCUACGUGGCAGGGAGCAAGCUGGGGCCGGAGAACUGGGGGAAGCUGAGCCCGGAGUACAAGCUGUGCGGCGAGGGGAAGAAGCAGUCGCCCAUCGCCAUCGUCGCCAAGCAGGCCACCCCCAACCCCACCCUCGACUCCCUCAACCGCACCUACAACGCCGCCGACGGCACCCUCGUCAACAACGGCAAGGACGUCAUGAUGACGUUCGAGCCCGGCAAGGUCGGGACGGUGACGGUGAGCGGCAAGGUGUACAGCUUCAAGAGGGUGAACUGGCACGCGCCGGCGGAGCACAUCAUCCACGGGGUGAGGCACCCGCUGGAGCUCCACCUGGUGCACGCCGCCGCCGACGGCAGCCUCGCCGUGAUCGCCAUCCUGUACAAGUUCGGCGCGCCGGACUCCUUCUACUUCCAGCUGAAGAAGAAGCUGGCCGAGCUCGCCGCCGACAAGUGCAACUUCGGCGAGGACGACUCCCAGGCGGCGCUGGGGCUCGUCCACAUGCGGUCGCUGCAGAAGCGCACGGGGAGCUACUUCCGGUACGUCGGGUCGCUGACGGCGCCGCCGUGCACGGAGAACGUCGUCUGGAACGUCCUCGGCAAGAUCCGGCAGAUCAGCAAGGAGCAGGUCGGGCUCAUCACCACGCUGCUCCCCGCCGGCAACGCCCGGCCGCCGCAGCCGCUCAACGGCCGGACCGUGCAGUUCUACAACCCGCCCAACAGCACCAUCUCCUUUGAGAUGUAGAUACGUGGGUCUGGCAGGCCCAAUGGGCCCAUAUAUUUUUGGGGAAUAAGUUCACUAAAGGUCACUUAACUUAGCGUCAAGUCAGUUGGAGAUCCCUUAAUCCUAAAACCGGAAAUGUAUACUAUUAAACUUGUAUAAACCGUUUAAAAGGGGUCCUUUGGCAGUAUUGACUCAAAUUUUAUCCGGUUUUCCUGACGUGACGUAGGGUAGGUCCCACGUAUCAGUUUUUUUUAAUU